AUCUUAAAGUGAACGGUUUAAACGGUGAGCAGAAGUAAAAUCCGUAAAAAGGAAAGUAGUACACGGUUUGGGAAAUGUUACGGCGACAUUACCAAAAGAUGAGUAGAAUGUACACUUUGUUGAUAUCGUUGCUAUUAAGCGUGGUGCUAUUUAUAAAUCUAGCCACAUGUCUGGAAAAUACCACAGACUCACAAGCACCCUUAACUACAACUGCCCCUAGUGCCCUAACUAAACCCCGAUCUCUGCGUCUGCCCAAUUCCACAUAUCCUUUGCAUUAUCACUGGCAUGUUACGACCAAUGUGCACAAGGGCGAUUUGGAUUUUAAGGCGAAUGUAACAAUUGAUAUAGAAAUCAAAGAGUCUACCGAUGAAAUUGUUUUGCAUGCCAAGAAAUUAAGAAAUUUCAGCAUUAUUUGCUUUGACUUGGAGACGGGGAUUCAGCUGCAGGAUUUGUCCUACACCCAUGACAAUCGCACAAAUUUUCUUAUCAUUCAUGCUGUGGAAUACUAUCAAGUAUUUGAGGUAACCAAGAAAUAUCGCCUGGAAAUUCUGUACGAGGGAACCAUGAAUGAAAAGCAUGCUGGUCUCUAUUGGCUGGCCUAUGAGGAUGAAAACAAUCACACCAUUUACCAUGCAGCCACUCAAUUUGAGCCAACUAGUGCCCGUUUAGCGUUGCCUUGUUAUGAUGAGCCAGCUUUUAAGGCCAAUUUCACAAUACGCGUAACUCAUGGCAAAAUAUACAAUGUCAUCUCCAAUAUGAAUGUACACAAUGUCAUCGAACACAGCGACAGUGAUUUAUCCACAACUACAUUCUAUACAACACCGCUUAUAUCCACAUACCUGGUGGCAUUCGUUGUCUCUAAUUUCGGUUUUAUCUCUGAAGAAUAUCGCAAUAUUACCCAGCGAUUGUAUACGCCACCCACCAGCAAAAAUAAAGGCUUGAAACAACUUAAAUUUGCCAUACGCACUUUGGCGGUCAUAGAGGAUUAUUUGGGCAUUCCCUAUCCAUUGAAUAAACUCGAUCAUAUUGCUUUGAAUAAAAACUAUGGUGCGGCCAUGGAGAAUUGGGGUCUCAUCACCUACAAGGAAGACUAUUUACUUUUCAAAGACAGCGAUAAGCAUCAGAUGGUCAAGGACACCAUGACAAUUGUCCAUGAGGUAUCACAUCAAUGGUUUGGUGAUUUAGUGUCGCCCGAAUGGUGGUCAUAUGCCUGGUUAAAUGAAGGUUUUGCUACAUAUUUUGCUCAUAUCUUUAUAGAUUUGCUUCAUCCCGAGUACAAGAGCAUGGAAUAUUUUUUAAUUGAAACUGCCGAUAGAGCCUAUAGUUAUAAUGAAUUUAAUAUGAAUCCUCAUCCCAUGACACAUUAUGUGGAGACUGAGCGUGAUAUAACAAUGAUAUUUGAUAUUAUAUCUUAUUCGAAAGCCGCCUGUGUCAUACGAAUGUUCCAUCAUGCCUUCAACCAGAAAACAUUUGUGCGUGGCAUUCAUUCGUUUUUGAAGAAAUAUCAGUACUCGGUGGCCAAUGAAUUGCAAUUGUUCGAUUGCCUGCAAAAGGCUAUCGAAGAAGAUCCUACUCUACAAAAUGCCGAAUGGGUGUCGUCGGUGAGCAAUAUAAUGGUGUCAUGGACUCAUAGCAAAUGGAUACCGAUAGUAAAUGUCAUACGGAACUAUGAAGAUAAUACCAUAACAAUAAAACAACGUUCGAAAAAUCCCAACUAUCAAGAGCACUGGUGGAUACCCUUGAAUUUUGCCACUGCAUCCAGUCACAAUUUCAAUCGAACUACUGUGGAUUAUUUUAUGCCACCCAUUCAGGAAGUUACCUUAAAUCUGUCAGACUUUGGCAUAGAAUUGAAAGCUGAUGAUUGGUUGGUGGUUAAUAAACAGCAGACUGGUUUCUAUCAUGUUAUGUACGAUGAUGAAAAUCUACGCAAAAUUGCUCAUGCUUUGCAGCACGAUCAUUUGAUCAUACAUGAGUUUAACAGAGCGGAUUUAUUUCAAAAUCUUCAUUCUCUUAUAGAACACAAUGAAUUUUCUAUAGAUGUUAUUUUUGAAUUACUUAAGUAUUUAAUCAACGAAGACAAUUUGUUGGUGUGGAAUUUCGUAUCACCCACCGUGGAGCUUUUGGAACGCAAUUUAUAUGGCACUCCCUCUCAUGAGCUGUUCAAGCAAUUCCUUAAACAAAUCAUAGGACCCAUUUAUCACAAGUUAAUCUCUCAUGCUCACACAUCGGGUAAAAUGAUCACUGACAAACUACACACACCGCUUUUGCGUAUGGCCUGUAUUGUGGACUUGCCCGAAUGUUUGGAAUACACCCGACAAUUGGGUUUUGAUUACAUCUUUCAAAAUAUUGAAUUUGAAACAGAUAACAAUGAUUUCUUUGUGACCAAGGACACUGUUCUCUGUUCGGCCUGUAGAUAUUUAUCAAACGAAGAAUUCAAUGCCAUCAUACGUGUAGUUUCGGCUACUGAUCGUAAUACGAAACAAUAUGAAGACAUUUUGUAUAAUUUACGUUGCACCCAAAAUUCUGAACAAAUACGUUACUAUUUGGAUAUUGUUUUUGGUGACAAUUCUACACAAUUCAUACCAAAUCAAAGCGAAAGUCUAAUUUAUGUCGUUUAUCUGUUUCGUACGAAUAUGAUGGCUCGUGGUGUCAUUUGGCAGUAUAUAUCGAAACAUUAUGAGAGUUUGGUGAGAUCACCCUCGUUUGUGGAUAUAUUUAAUAGAAUUGCAGAGUUCGUGCCAACACAUCGACGUAGUCAGUUUUACGAUUUACAUCAUAAAAUUAUGCGCGAACUGAAAUCCAUUGGCGACGAAUACAGCAGCAAUCUAAUAAAGAUUGAUUCGCCGAAAAUUGGCAAAAAAGUGAAAAUGAGUGAAUCAUUUCUGGAGAAAUUUGGCAACGAUAUACACAAUUGGUUGCUGGAAAAUCAAAUGCCACCAACAACUUAUGCCGCUUCCAUGGUGGAUGUGCAACAGCACAACGGUGGAGCACAACGUUUUGGGCAAAUUUUUCGUUUAGCUGGAAAUCUCUAUAGACAAUUGUAUAGUCGUAUAAACAAAUCGAGCUGUUAUACGCAUGUUGUAGUUCGGACGAUCAACAACAUGCAAAGUUAUUUUGUUUUACUUGUGGCUUUAGCCGCCAUAAUCUUGGCCGGGACUGCUGAUUCCGCUUCACCAUUUUCACCACCACUGACGAAUGACGAUAGCGCAGCACAGGAAAAUCCGAAUGCUCGUUUAGAGCAUGCCAAAGAAUAUCUCAACUAUCGUCUACCUAAUCAAACCUAUCCGGAUCACUAUGACAUUGAACUCACCACCAAUGUUCACACAGGCGAUAAGGCCUUCAAGGGUAAAGUGACCAUCGAUGUUGUGGUGCUGGAAACUACAAACGAAAUCGUUAUUCAUGCUCGCCAGCUUAAGGAUUUCAAGACAACUCUUGUAAAUCCAGUUAAUGGUGCAUCAGAAAACUUGAGUUAUGAUUACGAACAGCAACGUGAGUUUCUAACUUUGACUAGAAUAAAUGCAGCUAAAUUUGAAGCUGGUUCCAAAUGGAAAGUUACCAUUGAAUAUACUGGUGAACUACGCACGGAUAAUGGUGGUUUCUAUUUGUCCAGUUAUACUAGUGAGGACGGUGAAAAGCGUUACUUGGCUACAACACAAUUUGAAAGUACUGAUUCCCGUCAUGCCUUUCCCUGCUACGAUGAACCAGCCAAACGUGCCAAUUUCACAAUUACUAUGAAUCACAGUCCCACCUACACAGCCAUUUCGAAUAUGCCCGUCAAUGAAGCACUUUCCAGUCCAGGAAGAACCGUGUUUCUGACAUCCGAUAAAAUGCCCAGCUAUAUAGUGGCCUUUAUUAUAUCAGAUUUUGAACAUUCCGAUGGUGUUUUGAAUGGCUUGCCUCAGCGUGUUUUCUCACAUCCCGGUACUAAACACGAACAGGAGUGGGCUCUAGUUUCGGGUAUGUUGAUUACACAACGUUUGGCUGAAUAUUACGGCGUUGAUUAUAUGUUGCCCAAAAUGGAUCAAGCUGCCAUACCCGAUUUUGCUGCUGGUGCCAUGGAGAACUGGGGCUUGGCCACUUUCCGUGAGGAAUACACAUUGUACAACAAGGAAACCUCUACGGUUUAUACUCAGACCAAUAUUGCUAGACUUAUUGCUCAUGAGUUUUGUCAUUUGUGGUUUGGUGAUUAUGUUGCUAUUCGUUGGUGGUCUUACUUGUGGCUGAAAGAAGGUUUCGCUAGUCUCUUUGCCUACAAAGGAAUGGAUGAUGCUUAUCCUGAAUGGGGUGUUUGGCAAGAUUUCCAUGUUGGUGAGUUUCAAUCAGCUUUGAGUAGAGAUGCUGGCAAUAACCCCAGAGCUAUGACUACUUAUGUGCAAACACCCAGAGAAAUUGAACAGACAUUUGAUACAGUAUCCUAUGCCAAGGCUGGCGCUGUUUUACAUAUGUGGAAUAACGCUUUAACCGAAAAGGUUUUCAAACAAGGUCUCCACAAUUAUUUGACGAUGAACAAAUACGAUUCUGCUGAAGAAGAGCAACUAUUCACUGCUUUGCAAACUGCUGCCAAAGAAGAAAAUUAUAAAAUACCCGCUUCUAUUAGCGAAAUGUUGAGCAGUUGGUCACGCCAGGGUGGUUAUCCCCUAUUGACUGUUACCCGUAAUUAUAUCGAUGGUACAUUCAGUAUUAAACAAGAAGCUUUUUACAAUGAUAACACUUUUAAGAAGCACAAAUCCUGGUAUGUUCCCAUCAACUAUGUUGCUGCUUCGGAUCCAGAUUUCCGCAAUACUGAAGCCACACAUUAUUUGUUGAAGGUGCCCGAAAUUAAUGUAACAGAUGAUCAAAUUGCCAAUGAUGAUUGGUUAAUACUCAAUAAACAAUCUACCGGUUAUUAUCGCAUCAAUUAUGAUGAACAAAAUUGGCAACUUAUCGCAAAUGGUCUUAUUAACAGACCCUUCAGAAUACAUCCUCGUAAUCGUGCUCAACUGAUGCAUGAUGCUUAUCAGUUCAGUGCUACAAAACGUUUGCACCACAACAUUACCUUAAACAUGAUGACCUAUUUGAAACAAGAAGACCAAUAUGCUGCCUGGUCAACUGCCAGUAGCAUAAUCAAUACAUACAAUCGCUAUUUGAGUGGUGAUGUUGAGUAUGAACAUUUCAAGUUCUUUGUAUCCGAAGUGGUGGCACCCAUUUAUGAGAAGUUGGGUAUUAACGAUAUUCCUGGAGACCAACAUUAUCAAAAAUACACACGCAAUCUGGUCAUCAAUUUGGCUUGUUUGGCUGGCAUUAAAGAUUGUUUGAAGGAAACCAACAAUAAAUUGAAGAACUUGGUCAAGCAAAAUACACCCAUUGAAGCCAAUCUACAAUCACCAAUUUAUUGCAAUGGUCUCAAGCAAGCCGGCGAUGAGGAAUUUAACUUUGUCUUUAACAAACUUAUGGAUUCUACAGAUCAAGCUUUCCGUCGCCUGCUUAUAUCGUCCUUGGGUUGUGCUCAAAAUGAGAACCACAUUAAGAAGUUCAUCUACAGCUCAAUUGAUGAGACAAAUAAAUUGCGUUCUCAAGAACGUUACACUCUACUCAGUCCAGUCUAUUCUCGUGGUGAGGUGGGUCUUUUGGCCUCUAUUGAGUUCUUGAACGAAAACUUUAAUGUUUAUGGUAACUUGAAAAGUUCUAUUGGUGGCAGCAAUCCUUUGGAUAAUGAUAUUCGUGGCAUGGCCUCAUAUGUGGUCAACAAGAAACAAGAGGAGGAGCUGUUGGCUUUGGUGGCUAAAGUAAAGAACAGUGAACAUGUUACGACUAAUUUGGAAACGAGUGUAAAGGCUACAAUUAAAGCCAAUUUCGAUUGGUUGGAAUAUAAUCGCAAUCCUCUUAUGUCAUGGUUCGCUCAAUAUCAUGCCGGUGAUGGUGAGGGUGAAGGUGAGGGUGAAGGUGAGGGUGAAGGUGAGGGUGAAGGUGAGGGUGAAGGUGAGGGUGGAAAUGAUGAUGAUGGUAGUGCUAGUCUUACGGUCUCAACUGUUAUGAUGGUUUCGGUUUUCAUCGCGGCUGUAUCCCGUUUGUUUUAAGGAAUUUAGAUAAAUUAUAUGUCUUUUGUUUUUUUUA